AUGCCUGCAGACCACGACGACAGGGACUACGACAGAGACCGCGACAGAGACAGAGACAGGGACAGGGAUACAGACCGCACUGACAGGGCCUCUAAGCAAAAGCCAGCAGCCGUCUCAAAAAGCAAGGAUCUAUCGCAUGUGCCCUGCAAAUUUUUCAAGGUCGGUGGAUGCACUGCUGGAUCCUCGUGUCCCUUCUCCCAUUCUGCGGUAGAGCCAGGGGGCCAGAAGGAGACCUGUACCUGGUUCGUCAAGGGCAACUGCAAGUUUGGCCACAAGUGCGCUCUUGCACACGUCCUCCCCGGGCAGAGCAUGGCUAUGGACAGGAAGAACAAGAAGGCCGCACAACAUGCUGCUGCAGCGGCUGCAGCAUCGGGCACCACCACCACCACAAGCGCAGGAUCAGGAUCUCAUGGCAGCGAUAAGGGCGCCAAGUCGGGCAGCGGCGGCGGGCGGGUCAAGCGCGAUUCCUCGACGGCCAGUGGAGGCGGAAACCGUCUCAGCCUCCUCGCUGGAGGUGCGACUGCACCCACCCGCGACGUUAACCCUGCCUCCGGAUCAUCUUCGUCUGGCCGCCCUCCAAUGAGUAUGGCACUCAAGGCAUCCAUCUCGCCCUCUGCACCCGCCCCGCCACUCAAGGACACCGACUUUUUUGCCCCGCUCGAGGAGAUGGAGGGGAUCUCGUCGAAAGCUCAGGAGAAGGAGGAUAAGGAUAAAAAGGCGUCGGGGGCCACGACGACUCCUGAUGAAGACUCUGCCACCUCGGACGACCAAAAACAAGCUACUACAGCUGCUGGAGACACAUCUGCCGCAUCUGUACCACUCCCACCUUCUGCCCCUCGGCCCUCUACCACCACCCAAGCCGCAGCUGUCGACUUUGGUCCGAUAGGCUCGCCGCCAAACUACCGCGCCGGUCAACCCAUCUCUCCCUCCCGCGCCUCUAACACUAACAACUUCUCCCCUGGCACCUCACCUCGUGCAUAUGGACAACAUCUCAACGGGAUCACCAUCAGCUCUUCCCCAUCCACUAAUGCCAACGCCAAUACCAACAGUAAUAAUAACCUCGGUUUCCUUUCGUCAUCACCUUUCUCUGCCCCUGGCACACAAAGUGUGUUCCUCACCACGGGAUCGUCUUCUUAUGCCGGUGGCGGAAUGGGUGGGAUGGGUAUUGCGGCUAGUCUCGGGAGUGGCCUCGCCAUGAUGGGCGGGGGUGCUGGACGGGGAAGGCGUUGGGCAGAUGCGGACGGGAUGGACAUGGACGGCGUUGGCUCGCCUGGCGCAGCCCCCAAGUCGUGGGGAGACUUGCUGUCCAAGUCUGUUAAUGCUCUGCGCACGCAACACGGGAAUGGGUAUGGCGCUAGAAGUGGGUACGAUAUUAGCGUUGAGUACGAGGGAGACGAUGGGGCUGGGUUCGGCGGGCGUAGGAGAGGCAAGGUGAAGGAUGAUGAGGCCGUGGAGGACGAGGAUCUGGAGGAUUUCUUGCCGAGCUCGUUGAAUGAUUUGUUGACGCCGGAGGAGCGGAGUCGCCGAAUGUCGAGAAGCAACUCGGGGCAGACGUCUGGCGGGGUGAGUUAUUUGACAAGCGCGCUGGCGAACGCGACGAACCAGAGUAUUGCGGAGAAUGCGGGUGCGAACAGCGGGCAAGCGGGUGGUGUGAACAUUGCUAACAACAGUGCGAGCAACGGGGGCGCGGCGCUGGGUCAUCGGUACUCGCGCUCGGUGCCCGCGCCGUCACUGCUGGGUGAUAUUAAGUCCAUUUGGGCGGAUUCGUCGUCCGCGCUGCCCUCUUCUCCUCCUGCGACUAACAACAAUCAAACGCAUAGGGGCACGCCCUCGAUUUCGCGCUUUGAUAGCUACCUCUCUGCAUCGCUCGCCCAGUCUUCGCAGGCGUCUUCGUCUCAGCAGCACUAUGGGAUGGACGAUGGCGGGCUGAGCAUGAGCAUCGGAAGCGCAGGCACCGCUUCCUCGCUGGGCAUGAUGAGUCCGAGCAAUGCCAGUGCCGCGUUCCUCCCUGGCCUGCAGCAGAACUAUCUCAAUGCCAAGGCCGCGAAGCUGCAGGCGCAGCAGCAAGCGCAGUUGGGGUAUGGUCUGGGGGGUAUUGGGAGGCAGUUGAGGGGUGCGAGCAAUCCGUUGUUCUCCUCGACCGGGAACGGAAGUGCGAGUGGUAACGGAGCAGGGAAUGGGAAUGGUGGGGCGAAUAGCAAUUCUCUGGCAAGCAAUUAUAUGGGCCUUGGGCUGCCUGCAUCCGCGUCCGCGGGCGGCGCGACGUUCCAGCACACGCAUGGCGGUACGCAGACGACUUAUAGGACGACGCCGUCGCCAUUUGAUUUGACGCAGGGAUUGCAUGCACAAAAUCAACAGCAGCAAACUUCACCGUAUGGUCAGCAGCUCCCUCAGCAACGUCUCGGCGCGUCUACCGCUACCAACAACUCAUCCUCGACAUCUUCUCCAUUCUACCCUUCAAAGCAGUCCUCAACGUCCAAUUCUACAUCGACGCAGUACCCGACCUUCUCAGCCUUUGGCUCUGCGCUUGACGACCAGUCGCACCUCGGGCAUUCGUCGCACUUGACUCAGCAGCAGCAACACCAGCAGCAGCUUAUGCUCGGUGGUGGCGCCGCGCCACAUCUGCUCUCGCCCAGCGCUCGCGCGUUGCAGCAGCAUGCUCCCGGCCAGAGUCUGCCACAAGGUCUUGCAGCGGGAUAUUCGCGUAUCCACGCUCUGCCUCCGCUGAAGAACGUUGUUGGGUCGCCUGAGAGCGGUGCGGGUGCUGGAGGGUAUGGCGGCGAUUGGGCGGCGGGAAGCGUCGGGGGGACGAAUACGAAUGCCAACGCGGGAAGUACGGCUGCUACGGCCACGACACCAACGGGUACGGGCGCGGGGCUUGAGACGAUGUUCUCCCGCCUCUCAUACUCGGCUGCGACCCGCGGCAGUGGUACGGGUAGCCCUUCCGCCGGGAAUGCUAAUGCCAACCCGAGUGCUUCGACGACAUCUGCCAACCCAAAUGCACCUCCAGGGCUCUCGCGCAACGUCAGCGGCGGGCGGUAUCCCCCUGCCAGCGCUAGUGCUGUGCAGGGACAGGGACCACUUAGCCCUCUGGGCGGGCCUGUGAUGAGCAGGGAUGAUGAUGAUUUGUUCGACAUGGAUAAGUGA